AUGUCUCUUAUACCAUUCUUCACUGACCACUGGAAGGUCGACAUACCACCUAUUGGUUCUGACCUUGGAAUGGGAUUGUUUAAAUUCCAAUUCGAGCUGGAAUCCGAUCUACUUACGGUGUUGGAAAAAGGCCCAUAUCACUAUGCUCGUUGGAUGAUAAUCCUGCAGAGGUGGGAACCUACUACCUCUCCUAGCUUUCCCUCAAUGAUUCUCUUUUGGAUCAAGAUUCAAGGAAUUCUAAUUCACCUCUGGACAGAGGAAGUUGCUCGCGGCAUAGGCAGCGACUUAGGAACAUUCGAAGUGGCAGAAAUCACGCCCCAUUCUAUUCGCAUGAGAGUUCAUGUUAAUGGCAUGCUCCCACUUAUUAAAACAUCUAUUAUUGAGUAUCCAAAUGGAGACGAGGUUACUGCCACACUAGUCUAUGAAAACCUCGAAAAGCAUUGCUUACAUUGUGGAAGACUGGACCAUGAAAUCAGAGAUUGCCUUGAGGCGAAACAUCAAAACAAAGAGCGCCUUCCAGCUCAGAAGGACUCUCAAAAAGUCUUACUUCAGUUACCAACAAGGAAGGAACUAAACAUGCGGAACACAACUACACUGGAGGCCCAAAUCGACACUCCCCUUGAAGGGAUAACCGAUACAGACCAUACUCCAUAA